UAGUAUAUAUAUAGGGCAUCAGGGAAAGGUGCGAAAGGGGUAAACAUAUUUCGAGCGCUUUUGACGCGGUGCAACUGUUGCGUAUGUCGUUACGCUGUGUGCUACCUGAGGUCCGUGCUGUUAGAUCUAAUGUGAAAGUAGCUAAACCUGACGCAUAAAAAUCCAUACGCCCCUGUUACGGCGCAUUGUAAUCAUGGCGACUAUUGCCACAACGCGGGUAGACGAACUCGUGCAGACUGUCACCCUUCAUAAUCCAAGAAAACUAUUAUUUACCGGUUACAUCUUACCCUCUGUGAUAUUGUACGCUAUAUGGAUUUACAGUUGGAUUUUUGUCUACGGAAUCGAUGAAUACUAUGACGCAGGCCUAGUGGGCAUUGCAGUUAUCGGUUUGUUUCAGAUUUUCAUAUGUUUGUGUUGUCAGUGGUCAGUGCACGUACAUACUUUCCUGAAUUGUAGCUCGGCGAAACACCCUUAUAAAGCAAAAAUUGCGAAGGUAGUUCCAACUCCUAAUAAUGGAAGUUCAGAACUUGUUAAGCUGUAUCAUUCAGAUGAGCAAGAGCCAUGGUUCAUAUUUCAAAAGACCAAAUACCUUUGGAGCCCACAUAAGAAACGAUUUGAAGGCCUUCAAUUUCCUAUUAACCAUUCUGUUAAACACUAUCGCGCAUGGACAGGGUAUAUAGAUCAAAAACAGAUUACAGUUGCAGAGGAAAAAUAUGGCAAGAACAAGUUGGAUAUGAUGGUACCAGAAUUUAUGGAACUAUUCAAGGAGAGAGCAAUUGCACCAUUCUUUGUCUUUCAAGUAUUUUGUGUAGCCUUAUGGUGUUUAGAUAAAUAUUGGUACUACAGUAUCUUUACACUUAUUAUGCUUAUUAUGUUCGAGUGUACACUUGUACAGCAACAACUUCGAAAUAUGGCUGAGAUCAGAAAAAUGGGGAACAAGCCAUAUAUGAUGAUGGUUUAUAGAAACAGAAGAUGGUGUUCUAUGUUCACGGAUCAACUAGUACCCGGUGAUAUUGUGUCAAUAACAAGAUCUCAGAAUGAUAAUUUAGUGCCAUGUGAUAUGUUACUGUUAAGAGGGUCUUGUGUGGUUGAUGAGAGUAUGUUAACAGGAGAGUCAGUUCCACAAAUGAAAGAGCCAAUAGAAGAUAUUGAUGGAGAUGGACGGAUGGACAUAGAGGGUGAUGAUAAACUUCAUGUACUUUUUGGGGGCACAAAAGUAGUACAACAUACUCCACCUAGUAAACAUGUAUCUGGCCUUAAGGCUACUGAUAACGGUUGUGUGGCCUAUGUGUUACGUACUGGAUUUUCAACAUCACAGGGUAAACUUUUGAGGACAAUACUGUUUGGAGUUAAGCGUGUCACAGCUAAUAAUUUGGAAACAUUUGGCUUCAUCUUAUUUUUGUUAGUGUUUGCAAUUGCAGCAGCGUCAUAUGUAUGGAUUAAAGGAAGUGAGGAUCCUACAAGAAACAGAUACAAAUUAUUUUUGGAAUGUACACUAAUCCUAACAUCAGUUGUUCCACCGGAAUUGCCUAUUGAGUUGUCACUAGCUGUUAAUACAUCCUUACUAGCCCUUUCAAAAUUGGGUGUAUUUUGUACGGAACCUUUCCGAAUACCUUUUGCCGGAAAAGUCGAAAUUUGUUGCUUUGAUAAAACUGGUACUUUAACUAGCGAUAAGUUGGUGGUUGAGGGUAUAGCAGGCAUAGAAGGGAAAGCAGUUAUUAUGCCACUUUCUGAUGCACCUCUGAAAAGUAUACAAGUACUUGCAACGUGCCACUCACUUGUACAAUUAGAUGACGGAAUAGUUGGCGACCCUCUUGAAAAAGCUACGCUGAAGGCAAUUAAUUGGAAUCUCACAAAAAAUGAUUCUAUGAUACCCAGAAAGGGUCAGUCUCCUGUCUUAAAAAUUUUACACAGACAUCACUUUUCUUCUGCGUUAAAAAGGAUGUCAGUUAUAGCCGGAUACGCAACUCCGGGAUCAUCAGAAAUUAAUUAUAUGACUACUGUUAAAGGAGCACCUGAAAUUAUUAAGAACAUGUUAUCAUCCGUGCCAGAGAAUUAUGACUCCACAUAUUUAUCACUUUCCCGUCGCGGAGCGAGAGUGUUAGCUUUAGGAUAUAGAAAGCUCCCUGGUCCUUUAUCAUUCCAAGAUUUAAGAGAACUAACGCGAGAAAAUUUAGAACAAAAUUUGACAUUUGCUGGAUUUGUAAUCAUAAAUUGUCCACUUAAACCUGAUUCUAAAGCUGUUAUUAAAGAAAUUGUAAACGCUUCACAUUCGGUUGUUAUGAUCACUGGGGAUAAUCCUUUAACGGCUUGUCACGUGAGUCGCGAAUUACACUUCACAAAAAAACCAAUUACUCUUAUAUUGACUUUGAGUGACGAGGAGUGGAAAUGGGAAAGCGUGGAUAGAGAGAUAAAUCUGCCUAUGGGUAUGAAGAACGUUGAUCGAGGCAAUGAAAUUUGGCGGGAAUACGCUCUUUGCAUAACUGGAGAGGGGUUAACAUAUUUAAAAGAUCAUGAACGAGAACUUCUACGGAAAUUAUUACCACAUAUUGUAAUUUUUGCAAGGUGUGAACCAAAGCAAAAAGAGUUUAUAAUUGUAUCUCUACAGAACUUCGGAUACUCAACUCUGAUGUGUGGAGAUGGUACUAAUGACGUCGGUGCUUUGAAACAUGCCCAAGUGGGAGUUGCUAUUCUUUCUAGUCCACCGGAAAGAGCGCCUACACACAAGCACGACAGCACAAAGAAUGAAAACGUGAUCUCGAAUUCAGUAGCAGCCAAUAGUCCAAGAAUGAACUCUAGAAUGGCUGGUAAUGCUAGAUAUAAUACUAACAUCGAAAAACUAUUGAAACAGCUGGAGGAACAGGAACAGUCUGGUAUUGUUAAGCUAGGUGAUGCGUCAAUUGCUGCACCUUUUACUAGUAAAAUGUCAUCCAUCGAGUGCAUAUGCCAUGUUAUCAAGCAGGGACGGUGCACCUUAGUUACAACUUUACAGAUGUUCAAAACUUUGGCACUUAAUGCAUUGGGGCUAGCCUAUAGUCAGUCCGUUCUGUAUUUAGAUGGAAUAAAAUUCAGUGAUGCACAAGCCACGUUACAAGGCGGUCUAUUGGCUAUCUGCUUUUUGUUCCUAUCAAGAUCAAAGCCGCUGAAAACGCUGUCUAAACAAAGACCUCUGCCAAAUAUUUUUAAUCUGUACACUAUAGCCACUGUAUUGCUCCAAUUUGCUAUUCAUUUUAUUUCUCUUGUCUAUCUAGUAAGAGAAGCGACUAUAUUAUCUCCAAGAAAUGAUACGUUGUCAGCUAUACUGGCUCCAAAUCACACAGCCACUCAAAAUAUAUCUCUAAGUGCAAGUACUAGCGACGAUGAUGAACCUUUCGAACCAAAUCUGAUAAAUAGUACAGUUUAUAUUGUUGCUAUGGCGAUUCAAGCCUCUACUUUUGCAAUUAAUUAUCGGGGUUAUCCAUAUAUGGAGGGUUUAUUGCAAAAUAAAGCUUUACUGUACAGUCUUAUAGGUAUUGUUGCUGUUAUAUUAGGACUAUGUGGAUUUUCACCUAAAUUAGCAGCACAAUUUGAAAUCGCGGAAUUCCCAAAUGAUUUCCGUAACCUUUUAGUUCAAAUACUAAUAGCAGAUUUUGUCCUUGCCUAUAUGGUGGACAGAACCUGUUUAUGGCUUUUCGGAGAAGGAAGAAAGCAAACACUGUGAUCAGAAUAUACUUUCCGUAUUCCACUUGUAAACUUAAAAACGCGUGAGAUAUUAA